UCUCCACCGGCCGGCCACCGGAAUAAAACCACCAUGAACACCGACGACGUCCAAGAUCAGCUCGAAAGCCUAACUAUCUCUCCUAUAAACAUCAAACUAAAACGACUCCCCCGCCUCACCGACUACCUCCCCGGCCUCCAAACCCACACCAACCCGUUACAACAUAACACGUUCUACCACCAUUCGUACCGCGACGGGUUCUAUAUAUCACACUCCGACGUCAUCCUCCGCCAGAUUGUAUUUGAUUUCUCCGGCAACUUCCCGUCAUCCGAACCUCACUUAGCCUACCACCGUGCCGGGCCGAGGAAGGAGAUUUUGUUUGAUCCCAAACAAGUGCGAGCCGCCAUUGUUACGUGUGGUGGUCUUUGCCCUGGUCUGAACACCGUUAUUCGGGAACUGGUGGUUGGGUUAUGGGAACUGUAUGGUGUCCGAGAGAUCUUCGGGAUUAAAGCGGGUUACCGCGGGUUUUAUUCGGGUGAUCCCAUACGGCUUGACCCGAAACUGGUUCAUAACUGGCACAAGAGAGGUGGUACUGUACUUGAAACCUCUAGAGGUGGCUUUGAUCUUCACAAGAUCGUAGAUACAAUUGAAAAACGCGGAUUUAAUCAGGUGUACAUCAUCGGCGGAGACGGCACUCUACGAGGGGCGGUACAAAUAUUCAACGAAAUUCAGCGCCGUAAACUAAACGUUGCGGUCACUGGGAUUCCUAAAACAGUCGACAAUGAUGUAGGGAUCAUCGACAGGUCAUUUGGGUUCCAAACAGCCGUAGAGAUGGCUCAACAAGCAAUAAGUGCAGCCCAUGUAGAAGCCGAGAGUGCACCAAACGGUAUAGGCCUGGUCAAACUCAUGGGCCGGAACACGGGUCACAUCACCCUCAACGCAACCCUAAGCAGUUGUGAUGUCGAUUGCUGUUUAAUACCUGAAAACAACUUCUACCUUGAAGGCAAAGGUGGUUUAUUCGAGUUUAUUGACCUUCGUUUGAAGGAAAACGGGCACGCGGUUAUCGUGGUGGCAGAAGGAGCGGGCCAAGACAUCAUUCCGAGGCCCGAUUCCCAAAAACGAGAAACGGAUGAUUCAGGGAAUCCGGUUUUUUUAGAUGUCGGGGCGUGGUUGAAUUCCGAGCUCAAGAAAUGGUGGGAGAGGGAUCACAAGGGCGAGUUGUUCACAGUAAAAUACAUAGAUCCUACUUACAUGAUACGCGCAGUUACGGCUAAUGCAACUGAUAACUUGUAUUGUACAUUAUUGGCCCAUUCCGCUAUUCACGGGAUUAUGGCGGGCUAUACUGGGUUUGUAACAGGCCCGAUAAACGGUAACUAUGCUUACAUUCCUAUGGAUGAGGUGGCUCACGCCAAGAGUCCGGUCAGCACUAACGACCACAAAUGGGCUUGGGUUAGAUCGGUCACGGCUCAGCCUGAUUUUCGGAGAACUUGAACAAAAACCCGACCCGAAA